ACAAACAACAGCAAGGAGGGAAAGAAAGAGAGAAAGAAGAAAGAAACAAACAAACAAACCAACCGAGUGGCAAACAAAUUGCUAAAAUAAAUGUACGGCGGGGGCCAGAAGAAACAGCAGCAACAAAGACUCAACAAAAGGAAGAGGACGCGAAAAAAGAAGAAGCAAAAAUCGGCAUCGAAAUCGGAAUCAAAAUCAGAAUCGAAGAGGUCCCAUUAAUGAACCAACCCAGCAAGCCAACAAAAGCUAAAUUAAUAGAAUAAGCAAUACGAGCAUACUACUUAUUACGAAAUCGCUUUAAACGCACCUAGUGUUAGUCAAACUAAAAGGGAAACACAUCUCGGUGUGAAUCUUGGGGAAAUCAACGCUUCAUAAAUUAACGAAUUAGUGAAUAACAAACCACGGACCAGCUAAUUUAAAGAGCACCCAUUGCGGGGUGAACCACCGAAUCGGGGUAAGAGAAGGAUCAACCACCACGGCGAAGGGCGGCCGUAAUGGGUGGUGGCUUUGCGGCGCCACCGAUUACACUAGCCAGCAACCAGCGACCAGUGGCUUUGGACCAGGUCGAGAUACCCAUUCCGGCGACGGAUAUGCACGAGAAACUCCUGGAGAAGGAAGACAAGACUGAGAGGACCAAUCUGCUGGGCAGGUCCAAGGACAAACCGCCCAAGGACAAGUCGCCCAAGCAGUCAAAGUUCGCGGAGCGCUUGCGGCGCUCCUUCCGCCGCGGCGAUCAUCGAUCCUUGGAGAUCAAGCGACAGGAACCGACUGCGGAGGAACUGAAGGCUAAGAAUCGGGCCACUCCACCGCCGCCGAGUACUCUGCGCUCGGACAAGAAUAACCGCCUGCCAUUUGCCCUGAGCCACUUGAAUUUGCCGGGUCUGGGAUUGGGAGUGGGCGUGGGUGUCGGCGGACACAUCAAUCCCGCCCUGCUGCUGGACAGUCCGGACGAGUGCACGCCGCCGGAGUACGCCUAUCAGCACCUGAGCAGCGUUGCCACCACCAAUUCGAGCACUUCCUUGGAGAGCAGUUGCGAACUGGGCGAGCUGAGUGGCUCCCAGAAUAGCGUCUUCUACUGGGCCUCCAUGGGUGGCGAGGUGAGCACAUCAGCGGGCGCAGCUGGAGCCGAUGGAACAGCAGGAAAUGGAGCAGGAACAGGUGCAGGAGCAGCAGUGCCCAUCGAAAGCCAAGAUAGACGUCGUCUGGAGACGCAAAACAGCAGUCGGAGCGACCAGCAGCCCAUCACCACAAACGCUUCCUCAGCGCCUGGGAACAGCAGUAGGAGCUGCAGCCUGACCAGCGAUAGCAGCUCAAUCCGGCUGACCCGGCUGCAGAACUUCCUCUUUAAGAGCAGCAACGAGAGCUCCCGGAGCUGCCAGGGUCACUCGAACGAGGGAUUCACGGUGUCCUCGCACAACUCCUCCUCCGGCGAGUGGGAGCAACUGGGUGCCUAUCUCUCCAGCAGCAGUGGCGUGGGUGGUGGCCAUGACUUCCAGGGCGGCUCCUUUCCCGAGGAAAGCACGCCCGAUGAUACGGAUGCCACGCUGCCGGUGGAGACAAGCAGCAGUGGCGGCGGCGGUGGCUACUACCAGUACACCCUGACGUCCCCCAACAAUCCCUUUCUGCCAGAGAUCACGGCGCGCACCUAUCACAGCACCUACAGCGAGGAUGGAGCCGUGGAGGGCGGCGAGCCAACGACGGAUGAUCUGCAGCUGGACGGGAAGUAUGGCUGUGCGGGCAGUAGGUCCGCCCAGCUGCCAACGCCGUCGUACAGUCGAGCAGGAUCGCAGGAGUCGACGCACAGCGAGGGAGGAGGGCCGCCUGGGCCCACACCCAGUCCCGCUUCCAGUUCCUCCUCCACGCCAGGUCGGCAUCGAAGGAAGCUGUUCAGCCUGAACUCACCCACCCGACUGCUUCACCACCAGCAGCAGCAGGCUCCACAGAGUGGAGCCACCUCGGCGUCGCCUCCAUCCGGCGGAAGUAGCAAUGAUGGCGGCGGCGGCAAGUUCAACUCGGCCAGUCUGGUGCGGAGCCUGAAUCCGUUCCUGCCCAGCGUUACGUCGCCGAAGAAGGCGCCGCACAAGCAGUCGGCGGUGACCUCGCCCGGCUCCUUGACCCCUGACCUUAGCACGAAACGCGAGGAGUUCCUCCGGGCCACCAUGAAGAUCUGCUUGGUCGUCUCGCCGCCCAACAGCAAGCUGCAGCUGAAAUCGAAGAGUCUCACGCACUUGGAUGGCCUCGACUCGGGUGUGGUGGCCUGCCAGCACGGUCCUCCGGGAAUGGCCACCAGCACCACCGCCACCACCAGCACCACCGCCACGACAGCCGGCGGCAUCGGCGCCACCAGCGGACUGUUCGCCACCACUGGAGCCCCAGGAUCGCUGGGCCGGCAGGCCAAUGUGACUGAAAAGGGUGAACGAGCGGGCGGUUGCCUGUCACCGUCGGCACCACAGCCCUCCUCGCACUCCCCACCGCACCACCCACCCACAAUUUACACGCAGGCACCGCAGAUCGUGCGGCGGAUGCCCUCGCUGAUGCUCUCGCCCACUCUCGACGAAACCACGACGACGGCCAGCUCGUCCUGCUUUGGUACCGGCCACCCCAGUGCCGGAUCCUUCCACCAGCACCAGCACCAUCACCAUCAUCAGCAACCGACUGGCGGCGUCAGCUCCGCCAGCGGCACCAGCACCUCCACCACGUCUACUCAUGCUGUACCCUCCUCCAAACACUUUCAGUCUGCUGGCGAGGCGGCGGCCACAUCCUCGUCCUCGACGCUGAGUCCGCACAGCGCCACAUCCGCGACCUUGGGCGGCGGCGGAGUUGGUGGUGGUGGCGGUGCAGGUGGUGGUGGCCUAACCUCCCCGGUCGGCUGCUCCACGUCCUCCGGUUCGACGGUGAAAAAGAAAUCCUCGUUCAUGAAGCGCAAGAAGCCACUGCUGACGCGCAGCGAGGUAUCCAGUUCCGAGUUCUUCUCCGUGUCAUUCUGCCUGGACUCGUCGCAGCAGCCAGAUGAGGAGUUCAUUCCGGCCACCAAAGGCGUGACACUACUUAACGCACUCAGCCACGCCCUGCGUAGGCGGAACCUCAGCUUUACACAAAUCACCAUUACGGACAAUAAUCCCACGCCCAGUUUUUUAGAUGCAGGUCCUUCGCUCCUGCCCGUUUCCGUGGAUGAGCAGACCGAUGUGGAGAGCCUGGCUGGACACCAUCUCUGCAUCACAGAACGAGGCAGCAACCGCAAGCCCCUGCAGAAGGCAGCUUCCUUUGGUUCCCGACAACCACCGCCCCGACUCCUGCCCUCCGUCUCCACCGAGGAGACCAGCGAGUCGGGAGUGGCGCCCGGAAAGCAGAUCAAGCAACGGUGGUCCUCCAUAUUCGGCAUCAAGAAUCCCCAGCAAAGCCAGCUGUGCGAGCUGCUGAACAGCUAUGCCAAGAACGGAGUGCCCCAGCGGGCGGACAGCAUGAACUUUGAUCACCCGGACCUGGUCAACUCACUGGCUUAUCUGCAGGGUAUGCACAAAUCGUGGCGGGACUUUGUAAAUAGCGAUUCGAUGAGCGAGUCGGAGGUGAAGAUCCAAACGGCCAUUUGGGAGCUGGUCACCACCGAGGUGUACUACAUUCACGCCCUGCAAACAGUGACUGAUUUGUUCCUAGCCUGUUUGGAGGCCGUGCAGGAGGAGCGGCUGCUGAUCGACGUGGACCAGGCUCGACUGUUCUCCAAUGUGAGGGCUGUGUGCGAGGCGAACAUCAAGUUCUGGACACUGUGGCUCUAUCCCAUGGUGGCGCACAGUGUCAUCACCCACGAGCCACUGAGAUGCGCUUUUUUUCAGGAGGGGUUCCUUUCCUUCGCCUCCAUUUUUGCGCCAUAUAAGAUCUACUGUGCGGAACAGAGCACCUGCCAGUUCUACUGCAAGGAGCUAAACCAUAACAAUGCCUUAUUCACCUCCUACUUGGCGUGGUGCGAGUCGCAGAAGAUGUGCAACCGCCUGCGACUCGCGGACAUUGUGGUGCGACCCAUGCAGCGACUGACCAAGUACAGCCUCCUCCUGGCCGCCAUCAAGAAGCACAUGAGCGACGUGGAGGAGAUCGAGGCCAUCGACGUCAUGAUGCACAGCGUGGAGAACUUUGUGGGCAGUGUGAACAACCACUUGACGAUGCGGCAGGAGAACGAGCGGCUCAAGGGCGUGAUGGUGCGGAUCGAGUCCUACGAUGUGGUGGACACCAACAACGAGAUGCUGGACAAGCUGAUCAAGCAGCACAGCCAGAUGUUUGACCUCUGUGCUCCGAUGCGCGGAUGCCCGGCCUACCAUGUGCGCCACCUGUUCAUGGAGGGCGAUCACAAGUUCAAGGACAACCUCGGCAAGUCCGAUGUGCACUGCUUCCUGCUCACGGAUCUCCUCCUGGUGUGCAAGACGAUCGCCAAGCGGGGACUGGGCGCUCUAAAGGUCAUCAGGCAGCCGUACCUGACCGACCAGCUGAUUGUUCAGCUGGCGCCGAACAAUACACUGAACUGUGUGUACCUCAAUGAGUUCCAGGUGGCCAGCACGGCGUUUACGCUGCAGUGCACCGAGGCCAAGAACUGGUACGACGCCCUGUGGCGGGCCAAGACGAUCUACCAAAGACUGAAGCGCGGAGGCGGUGGCGGCGGCAGCGGAAGUGGAACGGUGGGCGGCGGCGAUAGCUUCCGGUUCGGUGGAAGUGCCACCAGCGGCGGCACCGCCGAUUCCCUGGGCGUACGCAAGUCACCGAUGAACUCCUCCAUCUGCAGCCACGUCUCCAGUGCGAACAACAGCCACAGUGGCAGCGUCGAGUGGAACGACUCCCGCAACAUAUCCGUCGACUUUGAAAAGACAAACUCGGUGUCCAGCGACGAGGGCUCCAGCAUAAUGACAGGCAACCACGGAGUGAACCUGAAGGGCAAGCAGCAAUUGAUCAGUGGUCUGCACAAGACCAAGAUGGGCAUUAUCGGCCAGAUGGGCUCCAAGUCGGCGAACACGCUCUCCGUGCAGCCAAUGAACCAUCUGGGCCAGAGCCUGCCCAACCUGAACAUGCAUCACAGCCACACUAACAAUACUCUGCUCGUGCCCGGCUCCACGACGAGCCACUCGGGCAACAUGUUGUUGUCGCCCAGCCACCGCGGCAUUUCCUACCCGCCGCCGAGCCCAACGAGAGUUCCCCUGCGCCGUGGCAUGGCCUUCUCCACUUCGACGAAGAACCCGCCGCUGCGCAAGACCCGCAACAUAACCUCCCAGAACAGUAUUAACUGGCAUCAGAUCCCGGCCACGCCCACGCCGCCCAGCCCAAGAUCGCAGUACCAGUCGCCGGGAGUGGUGUGCAUGCAGAAAUCGCUGCCCCUGCUGCUGCCGACAAGCACGGAUGAGGGUCAAGGGCCCACCCAGCCACCGCCGCCGCUGCAGAAGCAGCUCUCCCACCAGGCGCCUCUGCCCACCAGCAUUCACAACCAGUCGAGCACCGAAACGGACGUCUGAUGAGGACGACGUGGCAGGAGCACGACGCCGCGGAACGUACUUACCCAUAGAUCCGUCACAAACUAUCCAGAUAAACUACACGUACAUACAAGAUACAUUUAGAAAGUCGCCUUUGAUUUCCGACUCGCACUAGCACAAUUAUUUAUUUUAACCAUCUAGAGUCAGAUCUAGUGACGGUUAGUAUUCAGAUUAGUUUAAUCAUUAACAGCGCACAUAAAAGUAGAGAAAGAUAUUGAAUAAACAGGAAACGAUAAUGAGUGAGAAUCCUAGGCGACUUGCUAGAUAUUCAAUUAGGAUUUCAUGAGCUUGUAGGACAGCGUGAGCUUGAUACGUGAAAACUGCACUUUUGGGUCCAAAGCUGAUAUUGAACUUUUAUACAUUCCAUAGCUGACUAAGUGCCCGACCUUGGCGAGAUUACAUUUCAGAACACAACGCUCCGCACAUUCGCCAUUUUAAUCUUCCCAUAACGAUAUGAAGACAAAUAAAGUUAAACGAAACUAAAGUUAGAGAAUACGCAUAGUGCGAAUGCCAUAUAUAGCGAAACAUACCUAGAUCGAUCACACAAGCUUUAUGAAUAACUUACUACUGUACUAUUGAUGUAAGUCGUUACUUUCCUUGAGUAGUUAAAUCAAAUGUUACGGUCAAAAUAAAACAGAAUAAACAGAAUACUUAAACAUGUCUUACUGGCUGCCCAUUGUUGUCUGCAUGUAAUAUAGACCACGCUACUCUAAUUUAAAAUGUUACAAAAAAAUAUAUUUUUUCAAUAAUGAGUUUAUGUCGUAAUCCGUAUUUAUCUUUCUGCUGGUUCAGACCUACUCUAGUUAAAAUAUAAAUAAUUUGAUGUAAUACAAAUGGUUUUCCUUAGUUCUUUGGAUAGGAAUCUAGAGUAGUUUGAAAUUAUUGUAACGAAAAAGUUGUAUACCAAUAUAUAGAGUAUUAACCGGUCUUCGGUCAAAGGAUGUAUAGAUUAUAUUGCUUACUUUAGUAGCAAGAUUAAGUAUCCUGUAGUCUUCUUCCACAAAACGCAAGUGGUGAAAGCUGAUGAACACAAUUUAACACGAUUUAUUGAAGUAAGACAGCAUGGAUUUCCAAAUCGAGAUUAUUAUCCGUCGGAUUAUGCUACAUGGAUAUGGGUGAUACUGCUUUAUUUGAGUUUGCGAACAACUUAGUAUUAGCUCUAGUUGAAACUUAAAAUCCCUGUUGACUAACGUACUAAAUCAAAAUACUAGUUCUUCGAUUCUUUGAUAUCCUUUUCCGAAUCACUUUAUAAACUUUACAACUGUGAGAUCAAAAAGAAUAUCCUUCGAGCUAAGAUACCGUAACAUAUUGGAAAGUAAACUAAGAUACAUACAUUGUUCUUCCUUCGGAAUCAGUUUUGAUUUAAGGGACUACACCACAGUGAGGCUUGGAUUUGGCCAAACGAUUUGUACAUAUUAGCCCAAUGGGAAAGCGUGACAUAAGUUCUAAAUUACAUAUAGAGAGACAAACGAGUACAUAUAUACACACCACUUAUGUAUAAGGGACUAUAUUUAUAUAAAUGUAUAUGGUACAAUGUGGAGGACGAACUGCAUCUGCAUUGGAGGCACAAGAGUUACAAUAUACAACCGCAAUACAAAAAAGUGUUAACUGUAUUUUUAUGUACGAUUACUUACCAAUAUUUAGGGCUGCGUAGAGCUGAGAUCGUAUUUUAGCCACAUUAACCCGUAACGAGAUACAUUCGUGUACAAAUAUCUUAUCUUCUCCUCGGAUUCAUCCAAGGGGCAUACGCAUACAUAAUAUAUAUAGUACGUGGUACUUAGAAGUUGAACUUAAAUGUUAUUGCAACUAUAUCUACUGCAAUUUAUUUACAAAGGAAUAAAAACCAAAUACAGCAACAAAAACAAAGAGUAAAGUGCAAGAAAGCUUUAUUUACACGCUUGAACAAUA